AUGGCUCCGACCAUUCUGAUUAUCGGUGCUACCGGUAACACCGGCAAAGGCGUUGUCCGUGGCCUUCCCGCGCUACUCAAAUCAAGCAGCACCAAGUACCGCGUCGUUGCUCUCACCCGAUCCUUGAACAACUCAGUGUCCAAGCAACUUGCUGCAGAGGUGGACGGUGUCGAGUGGCUAGAGAAGGAUUGGUCCGAUAUUGACGUUGAAUGGCUCAAGAACCAGGAGGUAGUUCGAGUUUUUAUUGCGCCGCACACCUUGCCUCACCAGUUUGCGGAUGAGUCCAGCCUUUGCCUAGCUCUGCUACAGGCUGGCGUCAAGUAUGCUGUUCGGAUAUCGACCUUUGUGGAAAUUGUUUCUCCCACAAGUCCCACGCCAUAUGGCCGCUCACACUGGGCAAUCGAGAACCUGUUGAGUCAGCCACAGUUCAAAGAGCUGCAGUGGACAUCACUUCAGCCGAAUUUCUUUACCCAGCACUGGCUAGGCCCUGCUAUUGGCUUCAUUGCAGAGUAUAAGCAAACAGGGAAACAGGGAGUGCUCCCUGUGCUUUCGUCGGAAGAUUCUCCUGCGGGAUUGAUUGACCCUGAGGACAUUGGGGCUGUUGCCGCACAUCUUCUGGCUCUCGAUGAUGUGUCACCCCACAAUCAUGGCAAGUAUGUUCUCCACGGUCCUGAGGAUGUUACCGGAAGAGAUAUUGUCAAGACAGUCGAGGACUACAUUGGUGAGAAGGUCGAGAAUGUGACCUACUCCGCAAAAGACACUUAUUUCAACGCCAUCAGGAGUAUGGGUAUUCCUGAUAAGCUGGCUCCUGCUAUGUUUACUGCUGUUGAGGCCCUAUGGGCAGGAAAGUGUUCACGCGACUAUCACCAACCUAGCAAAGAGGUCACAGCACUGGCACCCCCUAAAACUACAACUGCGGAGGCGCUUAAGGCUAUGCUGACAGGAUUUCCAUAG